AAUUUCGAGUUUUGACGCAAACGCAAAAGAAAAAAAGAACACACAAAGAGGUGGGUCCCGAAUUGUAAGAACCCCCUCUUCCUUUGUAGUGGCCAUAGUCUAAGUCACCCAAAAAAGACGUUCCUUUUCUCUGUCUCCAUUGGUUCUAGUCAGACAUUAACGUGGCUUAGUGAAACACCCAUUUUUCUCUCUCUCUCUCUAGAAACCCAGAAAGAAAAAAAAACUCUUGCUUCUAAGCUUUACCCACUUUCUUCUUCCCACUCACAUUAUUUGGAGAAAUUGCUUCGUUUCUUCUUAUAUACAAUUAUGGAGACGCAUAAGAAAGAAGAUCGCAACAAUCAAGAAUUGACAAAGGAGAUUGCUGCUGUUUUUCCUUGAAUUCUCUUCGAUCCCUAGUCCAUCUCUUCACACAGAUCUUUGGAAGUGUAAAAAUAGGAUGAAAGAUUGAAUUUUGAUCGGCUUUUAUUUUAAGUUAGCGAGCAAACAAUGGAAGGUGUAACUCCUGAUGUUCAGAGGGAUGAUCCUGAGCUUGAAGAUUCAGUGAACAUUGAUGAGAAUCUACCGAGGGAAAAUGGUUUAUUGAAGUCAGGGAACUUGUUGAGCCAGAAAAGACAGCAAUGCAGUUUAGUUUCAAACAGCGGAAAGUGGUUACAGAUUGUUAAAAACGGUCCCAAAGGUCCAUUUUCUCGUGCCACUAGUUUCUUCGAUAACAAGAUCCCACGGCAUUUGGUGUCAUUGGACGAAAAGUAUCUACGUCGAUGCCUCGACCUGAUUAAUAUCAGUGCGUUUAAGUCAGCCAGUUGCAGCCUUUCUAUGAAUCUUGUAGGAUCAACGAUGAGUUUUUCGUCAUAUCACUUCGAUGCACCUGUGAUCCCCAAAGAAAAUGUUGCUCGCCUUGUGUUUGAUCUUCCGUUGGUAGAUGAUGAAGGCAAUAUAGUGAUUAGCCCCGCAAUCACAGGUUGCAAGAGGGUUACACAUAUGCCUUUGUUACAGAAUCUCAAAGCAUUGGAUGGUGAAGAUAUGAAUAGCAAGACGAGACGAGACGAUAAUGGUGAAAACGGGUUUGUUUCAUGUGAUGUUGUGAGGAUGAUAGAGGAAAAAUACACUCCGGAUCCGCAGUUUCAGAGCUAUGAAUCUGGAAACAUGUCCAAAAAGACGGUCUCUUUAUCGAGCACAUACUCAAUGAGUCUUUCUUCUUCGUCAUCAUCUGAGCAAUCAUCUUCCUGUUGGUCUCCGUCUUCAUCAAUCUCUCAAGGGACACUUCAAUUCACUAUGAAAGACAACAAGACGCCUCAUUUUGUUUUCUCAUUGGAUGAUCAGAAAGAGACAUAUGUAGCUAGCUUAAGCACUAGCUUCGACCGUAGUUCUCUAGACUAUUCGUAUUUGAUCCAUUUGAAGAAAGGCCGCGGAUCUGAACCGCAGCAUCUGGUUGGUAAGCUAAAGGUAUCAACUUCGUUUUCUUUCUCGUCCACGAAUGGAAAAAUCGUAGAGAGACAUUUUGUUCUGUUCAGUAGUGGUGGGAAUCCGCAGUUAUCAAGCCACAACGAUAUCAGGAAAAGCAGAGGAUUGCCUAAGAAAGUCGUUGAUGCGCUCAAAGCUACCACACGCGCUUCAAGGCAAAGAAGUAUCUCAAGAUUCAGUAGAAGUAGCUCCGUAGCAGAUUUUUGUUCGUGGGAGCCAUUUCAAGAACCAGACCACGAUCUUGAACCCGUAAGUUUACUAGAUAACGACCUUCCACCAAAUCUUCAAACAUCAGCUGUUGUUGUAAGAGAACACUUUCCAGAGGAAGAAAAUGAGGAAGAAAAAGUUGGAGGAUGGGGCAUGAAGUUUCUCAAGAAAACGCCCUUGGCUCGUACCAAGCAUGCUUCUGAGAAUUCCAAGCACUCAACGAGCAUAGAUGUUGUGAUUCCUUCAGGGAUUCACGGAGGUCCGAGAAACAGAAACGGUGGUCCGUCGAGCUUGAUUCAGAGAUGGAAAUCUGGAGGAAGCUGUGAUUGCUCCGGAUGGGACUUGGGUUGUCCCUUAACCGUCUUUAAAGGCCAAGCUCGAGAAGACCAAAACGAAAGCCAAUGCAAUCUUUUUGAGCUCUUCACAGAGGGAUCGAAGCAGGGGAUUCCUGGACUGAGGGUUAUGAGUAUACGAGACGGUCUCUACUUCGUCCACUUUCAAGCAAAGAUAUCUGUUUUGCAAUCUUUUUCAAUCGCUUUGGGAUACAUUCAUAGCAAGACCCAGAGACUUCGGCCAUGGUCGUCAGGAAAGUGUAUAGAGAAGCUACACUAGCUAAACAGAGGAUUGCACAAAGUAAGAUGGGCAAAACUCAGCCUUCGUAGUUUUAGCAGGUUCUUGAGUCAAUAUUCUUAUUUUUUUCAGUUUAUUGGUUUUCUACUCGAUAUUUUUUUUAUAGAAAGCAAGUAAUAUCAAGGUCUUUACUGAAAUCAUAUGUAAGUUUGGUAUUGAGUUAUGUGGUUUUGUUUUUAAAGGGUGGUGUGAAAUGUAAAUUUUGACUUUCGAUUUUGAGAUAUCCUGGCUUUAUAUAGACUU